AUGAGUCUUUUAUUAUUUCUAAUAACUCUAAUAAUAAAAUCAGCAUUAAGCAUAAACGUGCCGACAUCAUCUUACUUAUCAUAUCAUGGAUCAUCACCAAACAAUCCGUUUAUAAAAAAGCUGUACUCAAAAUCUCUUGGGCAUUAUGGAUCGUUUUAUUCACCACAAAUUCAUUCUGCAAAGUCUGUAUUGCCAAUCCCGUCACAAAUGUGUCCUGCCAUAUCUUUACAAUGCUCAAAGUCAUUAUAUCGGACACUCGAUGGAACUUGUAAUAAUCUUAAAAAUGCAUUAUGGGGAGCAGCAAAUAAUCGAUAUGGACGAUUACUGACACCACGUUAUGGUGACGGAAUCUCAGCUCCAACUCUUUCUGUUACUGGUCAACAAUUACCUAACGCACGACUUAUUUCUUUAAUUAUUUUUGGUGAGAAUGAUGUCCCAGAUCGUGAGUUUACAAUAGCCAACAUGCAAUGGGGACAAGUAAUGACACAUGACAUGAGUUUAGGGGCAGGAGCAACACAAUCAAGAAAGCAUGCAAUACAAUGCUGUACAGAUGAUGGAAAGUUGAUAACGAACGGUCAAGCACCAUCAUGUUUUCCAAUUUUAAUUCCUAAAAAUGAUCCAGCACAUUCACAAACGAAUACGAAUUGUAUGAAUUUUGUUCGUACACAAACUGAUCGUGAAAAUAGUUGUCCUGGAACGAUACAAAAUCGACCGGCUGAACAGUUAACUGUUGUAACAUCUUAUUUAGAUCUUUCACUUGUAUAUGGAAAUUCUGACCAACAAAAUCGCCCUAUUCGUGCCUUUACAGGGGGCAGAAUGUUAGUGGAAAACAGGGCAGGGAACGAAUGGCCACCUCAAGAUGUUAAUGCAACAGCAGCCUGUGAUGUACAAACUCCAAGAGAAACAUGUUAUCUCGGUGGUGAUGUACGAAUAAAUCAGAAUCCAGGAUUAACAACAAUGCAAAUUUUAUUGUUACGUGAACAUAAUAGACUAGCGGACAAUCUUCAAAUAAUAAAUCCGCAAUGGGAUGAUGAAACAGUAUUUCAAGAAGCUCGAAGAAUAAAUAUUGCUCAAUAUCAGCAUAUAAGCUAUUAUGAAUGGUUACCAAUAUUCUUAGGACGUGAAAAUAUGUUAAAGAAUCGCUUAAUCUAUCAAACAACCCUUGGUAGCUUUGUAAAUGAUUAUAAUCCAAAUAUAGAUCCAUCCGUUCUUAAUUCACAUGCAACUGCUGCUUUUCGAUACUUUCAUUCGCAAAUUGAAGGUCGUUUGGAUUUAAUAUCAGAAUCAAGAACCCGUGUUGGAUCACUUCGUCUUUCGGAUUGGUUUAACCGCCCAGUUAUUGUGGAAAGUGGAGAUAAUUUUGAUUUCCUUAGCAGAGGCAUGUCAACUCAACCACAAGAAACUACUGACAUUAAUUUUGAUGUAGAAAUAAAGCAUUUUCUUUUCCGGCGUGGUAUGCCUUUUGGAGCAGAUUUAAGGGCAAUCGAUAUACAAAGAAAUCGAGAUCAUGGAUUAGCAUCAUACAACGAUUUCCGAGAAUUUUGUGGAAUUCGUAGAGCUAGCAGUUGGGACGAUUACUUAGAUUUAAUAUCGCAAAGAGAUGUUGAUAAUUUAAGAUCUUUGUAUGUCAGCCAUGAAGAUGUAGAUUUAACUGUUGGAGGUUCAUUAGAAGCUCAUGUAAAUGGUGCUUUAGCAGGACCCACAUUUUUGUGCAUUCUCACGGAACAGUUUUAUAGAACACGUGUUGGUGAUCGAUAUUUCUUUGAACGUGGUGAAAUUGAUGUUGCUUUUUCACGUGAACAGUUGAUUGAAAUUCGCAAAGCAAGUAUGGCACGUUUAUUUUGCGAUAAUGGAAACAACAUUGAGCAAAUGCAACCAUCUGCAUUUUUAAGAAUUUCCAAAGAGAAUCAAGUAGUACCUUGCUCACAAAUUUCACAAGUAGACUUGUCGCAAUGGCGAGAAUCGACAACCAUUAAUCCAUCAUAUGGUAGUAAUUAUCUUUCAUCUCAAAACAAUUAUCCAUCAUAUGCACAAUUCAAUGUAAAAAAAUGA